UAGUUCAGCCAACGCAAACCCCAAAUUCCUCCGGGUACCACCAUCAUUUUCCCUCUCAUGGCUUGAGACCUUACAUCCCAAUUUUGAUUCGCCGUUCAGCAACAGUUCGAUGGUCGCCAAAAGAGUCCAUUCGAAGUGUCGAGAGCUUGAAAAUGGAGACAAACCCGGCCAGCGAAGAACCCACCUCCUGGGACGAACGGUACAACAUCGAUUUGAUGCCCUCCGAGUUGGUACUCAAGUUUCGGAAAGAAAUUCGGGGACUCCGAGUCGGUGUUAAUCUGGAGUUUUACAAUGCUCCAAGGAAUGAUUUUCAAGCAAAGCUCGUAUUCAAGCCUCUAUCCCCAGAUCGUCGGUGGAAAUUUGUCUAUGAGCCUAUACAUCAAGACGUGCGCAUUCUCUCGAAAAAGAUUUCUGUUGCAAAAUUCCUGAAUCUCCAGGUUGGUGUGGGCCACAAUUUUCAGUUAAAUGCAAUUAAUUGGCAAUGGAAGCUCACCACAUGUUUGGGUGGAGAUGGUGUCUCUCGAAUUAGAAACAAGACCACUCUUGGACUUUGUCCAGGUGUAGAUUUUCGAUUUGGGUGGAGGGCCGAUUAUGUUCUUCCAGAAGUCACAGGGGGUCUUGGUACUGAUAAGCCAUUAUUCAACAUGAACUCUGGACAGUUGCAAGCAUCGCUAGAUAGAGUGGAAGCCAUCUUAAACUAUCCAGAUUGUAGACGGGACAAGGGAGAAGAGAGUGAAAGCAAGAGCAUUUGCGAUAGUGAAUAUCAUGAAUGAGCUCUUCUUUAGAGAGAUGGGGAUUCCUAUCUCAUCAUCUCCUCCGGAUACUGUAAAAGUUGCUGCAAAAACUAGGAGAGCUUGGGAUUCCUAUUUCAUCAUCUCCUCCAGGUACUGUAAAAGUCGCUGCAAAAACUACCGUUGUGAUGAGAGUUGCAACGAGGCUACAUGAUGAUGAUGUAUCCGAUCUAUUUGCUUGCCUCUUUGAGCAAAUUUUGCCGAUUUUCUACAGAGCCUUCCCAGCAUUUUUUGCUUGCCUUUCUUUUGUUGAUGGAUCAUCUACCAAUUUCAGAUUUCUAUGAGAAGGAUCACUCGUAUAUAUCUUCUGAGUACCUUCAGAAAAAUAAAGGACGCCUAUUCAUGUA